GUGAAGGCAGCAGCUGUCUUCUUCACCCCGCCGUCCCCUGCCACCUUGUCCGUCACAGGACAACUGAAACCUGCGGCGCCACUCCGGCCGGAAGAGACCGCAGUGCAGUGUGAGUUAGUUGCGGGGAGAUGCAAACAAAAGCGGGCUUCGCAGACGCAGCGCAGUGUGGCUUUUACUCUGAAUUGUGAGCCGCGUCUCUGUCACCGCCGUUCUUCACCGUUAGCCGGCAGCCUAGGUAGGACCACCGAAGCGAGGUUACUGCCAUGACUGGAGCUGAGAAUGAGGAUGAUAUUCCGCUAGGUGAGAGGAAGACUGUCACAGACUUCUGCUAUCUCCUGGACAAGUCCAAACAACUCUUCAAUGGUCUCAGAGACCUUCCUCAGUAUGGACACAAGCAGUGGCAGUCCUACUUCGGCAGGACCUUUGACGUCUACACCAAACUGUGGAAAUUUCAACAGCAGCACAGGCAGGUUCUAGAUACUCGCUACGGCUUGAAGAGAUGGCAGAUUGGGGAGGUUGCCUCGAAAAUCGGACAGCUUUAUUACCACUAUUACCUUCGUACCUCAGAAACAAGUUACCUGAAUGAGGCCUUUUCAUUCUACUCUGCCAUCCGCCAGCGAUCCUACUACUAUCAGGUCAACAAAGAGGACAGGCCGGAACUAGUCGUCAAGAAGCUUCGAUAUUAUGCUCGUUACAUUGUUGUGUGUUUACUGCUCAACAAAAUGGACCUUGUCAAAGUUUUGGUGAAGGAAUUAUCAGAAGAAAUUGAGGAUUACACACAACGAUUCAACACAGAAGACCAGUUGGAAUGGAAUCUAGUUCUGCAAGAGGUGGCGGCUUUUAUUGAGGCAGACCCAGCUGUGGUUCUCAAUGACAAUAAUGGAGUCAUGGUCAUCAGCAAUCGGCUGCAGGAAGGAAGCGUUCCUCCCCUUGAACAGGGCAUGGUGGUCGGGCAGCUCGUCCUUGCUGAUGCACUGAUCAUCGGCAACUGCAACAGCCAGGUUAAGUUCAGCGAGUUAACCAUCGACAUGUUCAGAAUGCUUCAAGCUUUGGAGAGGGAACCUGUAAACCUUGCAACUCAGACUUCCAAACAAGCAACACUUGAACCCACUGAGAAGCCAGCGAAGAGGGAAAACCCUCACAAGUAUCUUCUGUAUAAACCAACAUUCAGCCAACUUUUUACAUUCUUGUCUGCCUCUUUUAAGGAAUUGCCUGCGAAUAGUGUCCUACUUGUUUACCUGUCGGCAACUGGAGUCUUCCCAGUUGGACAUUCAGAUUAUGAAGGGCCAUAUGAUUUUGGUGGAGUCCUCACGAAUACAAAUCGAGACGUGAUAAACGGCGAGACUGUCCAGAAGAGGACUCAGGCCCAGAAAGAAAUGCACUGCCUUCAUCCUGGUGACUUGUUCCCUUUCACCCGAAAGCCUCUUUUCGUCAUUGUGGAUUCCACCAACAGCUCAGCCUACAAGAAAUUCACAAACCUUUUUGGUCAGCCACUGGUUUGCCUGCUGUCACCAAAGGUCUAUCCCAAAAAUAUUCAAGAUCAAUCCCAGCGUGGAAGUCUCUUCACUUUGUUCCUCUACAAUCCGCUCAUGGCUUUCUUGUCUGUCUGUGGAUUAACCAGCGUGCGACGAGGACUCUGGGAGAGAGCCCAGGAGUUUCUUCAAAAUGUCUACCGUGACAUUGGCCAACUAAUAACUAGAUCGAGAUCUAUAGAUCAGGCCUUUUUGCAAUUCUUCGGUGAUGAGUUCCUCCGGCUGCUCCUGAUACGCUUUGUGUUUUGUUCCGCUACAUUUCGACUGCAUAAAGUAUUCCGGGAAGCACACAGCUUCCCAGAGUCGUACCCUGACCUCCCCAAACAGGAGACGGUGGAGAGCAGCUCGCUUCAGAGGCAUGUCCUGGAGCUGGCCACCAUGUUGGAUGUUCAGAGUCUAUUUUGGGAUGAUUCUCUGGAAGCCUACUGACAUCGCUGCAAGGACAAAAGGAACAUGUGUACAUAGUGACACAUCAACACACUGCCUGUGUUUUUGAUUUGCAUUGUUCAUUUUGUGGGCAAAGAAAAAAAAACCUUUUGCACAAACACUUGUAUCAAACACUCAUAUUUGUUUACUGCAGCGCACCAUGGUAAUGUUUACAUACAGAUGGAGUGAAAUUCAUUGUAAAUUCCCCAUUUUGCCUUGUAAUUUUCAGCAUCAUGUAGGAUGUGAGAGAAAUUGACCGUCAUUUACAUUCCAACCAAAGGUGAAGGCCGUGCAUACAGCAGCCUUCACUGGUGGGAUUUUUGGAUUUUUAUUUUGAGUCAUGAAGGUUGUGAUGAACCUGAUGGGACAGAAAUUAAGGGUAAAUUGCAGGUUGACAUUAAAUGGGACGAAAUGUUAGCAUUGGAGGAGAUGCACACAGUUUAUUGUCUUGCUGCUUGCCAUUCCAUUCAUCGAAGCCCCACCCCAAAGUUUUGGAUGUUACAUUUGGAGUUGAUCAAUUCUACUUCGUCUCCACCAAAUGUGACCUUCGCUUUUUACAUAAAAUUUGCAUGUGUGCAGGGUCUCAAGUAUGCAAGGAGGUCGUUUUUGGGGAAAGUAAGACAAUCUAAUGGUCGCACACUGAUGACAUGCAUCAUUCUAUGAAUGCUGUGUCAACUCUCAAUAAUGUAAACACAACAACCUGAACCUGUUGGUUCAGUCUUAAAUUGUUUAAAACCAUGUAUAUUUAAAUCACUUUCAAAAUUACUUGCUAAAAUUCUCUCCUUACAUCAUAAAUAGAUUUUCACCAGUUAAAAAAAUGCAUUGAAUUCUUAGAUAAUUUAAGUUGUCAUCCAGCAGACUGAGACUCAUCUGGAGGUUGUAUGUUAAAUAACUGUAAUUGAAGCACAUUUGUCCGUGUAUGAAAUCAUUGAAGCCCCAUGAGGCUUCUACAACCGUCCCAACAGCCCUGAUUUUUUUUUUCCUGGGAGACGACGAUAUGUUUCACAAUUUCAACUACUGAAACAUGAGAAGAGAGUAAUAGCUGUUAAAGAAUAAUUACAAUUUUUACUUAUUUAUCCAUUUCUCCUCAAGAUUCCAUGUUGCUCUUAAAAUGGUUUUGCAGAGGUAUGUAGCAUCUCCUGGAUUCUCUUCCAAAAACUCGCCCAUUGUGCAUGAAGGACAUGUCUGAAUGCUCAUAUAUUUGCUUAUCUAUUUGUUUCUGUCUCGGCAGAAUCAAUGUACCCCUAGCAUGCUCAUGUAGCGAAGUUAAAUUGCCAAAAUGUCAACCUUAUUUGACAUUUGGUUAUUGUUUUUAGCUUCUUUUGAUUUUAUUGUGCUUGUUAUUUAUUGACAAUAAUUGUGACAAGUGUUGUGGCAUUUAUGUGCAGAGCAAUUAUGUUCAUUACAAUUAUGUGAUACCCAGGCCAGAUGUGUUUUGCUUCUUUUUUAAAAGCCAUUUUUGUAACAAAAUGACAUUCCAGCCUCACCUGAAAGUGGCAAGAGGUUCAUUGCAGUUUACAUUUGUGUGUGAGCGUGGUCUGUUAAUUUAAUUGUGAAACAAGCUUCUACAUUCCCCUGGUGUUGACAUUGUAAAAUUGCACUUUAAACUGUUUUGGUAUUGUUCUGAUCUUGUUUGCGGUGUUAUGGUUAAAAAAAAUCUUGAUGAACAUACCUGGCCUUCACAUUGCAGUCAAGGUCACAUUUAGUUUAUUUUUUUCUUCUUUUUCUUUAUGCACCUCAAACACAUUUCCUCAACAGCUUCUGUCUGACUGUUCUGUUUGUUUACAUGCUGAAUAAUUGAAAAAUCCAUGUGUAAGAAGGUCAUUCCAGAUUUGCAUAAGCAUAUGUGAUUACUGGAUGAAUUAUAUUGCAUGUCACAUCUUCUAUGGUUUUUAAUGUGUGGUGAUUUAAACUGAGGCAAUUGUGGCUAAAAGAUUAAAUAUGACAUUCAUAAAGGAGCAUAUUUUGCAGUGAAACCUUUCAACGGGUUUGAGUUAACCUUUUUUUUUACAUUUAACAAAAAGUGAGUAUAUUUAAAAUUCCAGCACAUUCAUUGAAUAAUUUUAUUGUCUCUUUAUUUUUAUUUUAUUUCAAAAGGCAGCCCAGCGAGUCGAGACUCAAUGCAUGAUGUUUAAAUUUGGUAAAUGUCUUUUCUACUUAAAUAUCCAGUAGUUUUAAUGUCAUUGCAGCUGCCAUGUUGCACAGACUCUGUUGGUUGGCAAUGUUAAACGUUACCAGUAUGCAACUUCUGUUCUCUGCUUCAUUGCAAAACAUACUUAUGGAGAUUGAGCUCCAAAAAUAAAACUAACAUUAUGCAAAUGAGCCUCGCAUGGACAAACUUGUGGUGGACAAAACAAGUGUGUUCCAACAAAAUGACGUGUGUCAUUUUUUUCACUGUGUAAGUGUUAGAAUUGGCAGCUGAUCAAUGGAUGCAUGCGGAUACAAAUACAUGAAUGUGAAUUUGGUUUUAUUUGCUGCUAGAGCUUUAAAAAUUGUUUACAAACUUAGUUUAGGUGAAACAAGUUCACUAACCUGAGAAGUGUGCUUCUUUAAAUAGCAAAUAGUGUAAUGACAUUUCCAACAGCGAAUAGCAGUGUGAUCACUGUUUCAGUUAUUGUUUGUAAAGCAAUGUCACCUGUGUCUUUCCUGUCUUGCUGAGGCAAAGAAACAGUUGUGAGACAAAGCGUUUUCCACACAUAAGCACAAGCCGCCACAGCUCCGUGUCCAGGGCUCACAUCUACUGCUCUUUUGACAUCACAACUGCCUACAGAUCAAUGUUGAGCCCUCUGAGAUAACCAGGAGUCAUUUCUACCUUUUUGUACUUUUGAGAGGUCAUUUUUUUAAGCCGUGUGUGAUUUGCUUGCGAUUUUCAAUGUGUCAAACUGUCAACGGAUUUAAAAUAUUUAUGUUAAGAAGGAGAAAAAAAAAUGCACAAAUGUUUAAAAGCAGCAUGUUUGUUUAGAGUAGAAAGUGCCAAAGACGGGUGUACUCUUACUGUCCUGUCCUGACAAUGAUUCAAUUUAAUUGUUGUAACAGUGUUUUUUUCUGUGUUGCCACAAGAAGCCAAUAAAAUAA